CGAUCCCGCUCAGUGUUUUCGUUCAACGUUUUUGUGUUUAUUGACUUAUUUUUAUUUAAAUUAAGUAGCAAUUAUGCUUUAAGUGAUAUUAAUGUUUUAUCUUUGCUUACAAGUGAUAAGUUGGAAGUGUUAUCGAUAUGGAAAUACGUAAGGCAAAGAAACAAAAAUGCGCUGUGUUACAAGGCAAGGCGAGAGAGCUAGUGUUGCGCCUUCGAGAUUAUUUUAGCAAAGAGUGUUUGAAUAAUGGACCGCUUAUACCUGUGACUAGAGUAACUGAUCGAGUAGCUAAUGCGCUCGGUAUAAGUAAAAAAUUGGUUUUAAGAAUAUUCCAAGAAGAAGAAGAGAGUGCAGACGAAGAAAUAAGUGUUGAUGAAAAAUGUGAUAUAAAAAAUGCGAUAGUAUUAGAAGAGAAACAAGAAGAGGUAAAAGAUCCCGUUGAAGAAUUAUUUGUGAACAAAGUUGUAAAAAACGCUAUUAAAUUACACGCGUAUUUGUUUAAUGAGAAAAAUCCAAAUGCAUCGGAUGCGGAUUUACUGGAAUCUCUAAAAUUAUCUGGUUUGUUUAAAGGAACACUCAGUAAUCUUUUAAAAAUUUUAGGCAAAAUCCCCGAGGAGGAUAAUACUAAUGGAUGUGUUGAAAAAAGUAAACAUUAUGAUAAAGUGGCAGCACCUAAAGUUGUAAACGAAGAAUUUGUACGUGAGCACGAUGAAUUAUUCUUAAUGUCCAAAACCAGUAGCGAGUACAAUAAUAAUAUCUCAAAAAACGGCCAUGACGUCAUUGGAGAACCUGUAGAUGAACUAUUAAACAAUGUUUAUGAAAUUGAAAAUGAACAUGUUGAUCCUCACAAUGUUAUGCAUAACCAGAAAAAAGUAACGGGAAUAUACACUGACAAAAACCUCGUAUUUAACGACAGUAGUUCGGAAGAAUCAAAUAAAGAUUAUGCAGUAAUUGAAGAAACAAUGAAUAAAGAUCUCAAUUUAAAAGUAUCAGUAGACUGUGAAAAGCUCGAAAACAAUGACAGUUUUAAAUCAUCAGAAACCAUUACGGAUACAGAACAUCAAGAACAUAAAGUCAAAAAUAGACUAAAGAAAAUGUCUAAGACUAAAAAAUUAAGAACAGCGGUAAUAUUACAUGCUGAUCUGUUCUAUAAAAUACAUCCUAAUGGUUCUUUCAAACGCUUAGUGAGAUCUUACAAAAAAGCAGGUUUAUUUCGCGGUGCGUACAAGACUUUAUUAAGAAAUAUGGGUUAUUGUAAAGAUGUCAAUCCAAAUAAACGUGAAGAGAACAGAAAAAGUUAUAAUAUAGAAAAUAAAAUAGAAGAUGCAAAGGAACCAAUGGCUGUGAUACCAGAUGUAGAUUCAAAACCUGUUAUCCAAACUAAAAGAACGUGUAAAAGAAAAAAAGUUUCAAAUGCUGUAACCCAAACCAAAAGAACGUAUAAACGAAGAAAAGCAGUUGUCGCCAUACCUACUAGUAUUGAAAACACAAUCAAAGUUGAAAAAGAAAGUGAUGUGGAAAGAGAUAGAGAGAUACAAACUGAAGGAGGAAAAGAGAAUAGAGAUGCUAACGUGACAGUGAUAAAAGAAGAAAUAGAAAACGAUUACGACGAAUACUUUGAAGCAGAAGAAUUCAUUUUAAACUUAAAAGACUGUUUAAAUUCUCGUUGAUUAGUCAUUUGUUUUCAUUUAAUUUUAGGACUACUAAUGUACACUGUUGAGUCAUUAUUUUUGUACCUUAAUAAACAUUUUAAAAGUACCAUUGGUGUAAG